ACAGUGUUUAAACUAUAAUUUGAGCAAAUCGUUUGAACGAAUCUUUUUUUUUCUGUGGCCGGUAUUGAUCUAGUGCUGCAUGUUUUGUUUGUGUUCAAUAAUGCGUUCAAUCACUGUCUCGUUCGCUGGGACAAUGAACAUGACAAGGAGAGUUUUCAUUUAAUUUUUAAACGCGUUCUAUAUAUUGAGAGUAUCAUGAGAAUAAUCAUCGCCAUAGUCCAUCCGCUUAGAUGGAUUAUAAGAGCACAUCAUAAAAAAUAUUAUAAAUGGACAUAGAAGUUUAGCAAGAUGAUGUCAAAUUCUAAAAUAUUUAUUUCGAUUAAACGAGAUCCAAGAGUACGACUCCAUCGAAAUUGAUAUUUGUUUGUUUGUAUCGAAUAUAUGUGAAUAUCGAACCAGUGUGAAUAAAAUAUAAUAUUGUACCAAGCGGAAUAAGGUCUACUGUGGAAGUAGAUUUUGCACCCUUUAAGCUGGAUUGAGCAAAGAAUACGCAAAUUAAAAAGCUAUAGUCGCACAAAGAUUUUAAUUCAUUCAGCUAUCGAGUGAGAACAAGAGCAUCACAAUGUUGAGAAACUCAUCUGAGGAUCGUGGAUUGAAGCGAAAUCGAAACGAACCGGGACGGUUCUUUGGCGAUGGAGUGAGCUUCAAGGCCAAACUGAUUGGCAUCCUGGAGGUCGGCGAGGCCAGAGGAGAUCGUAUGUGUCAGGAAGCAUUGCAGGAUCUCAAAAUGGCAAUUAGAGCUGCUGGAGAGCACAAGCAAAGAAUCACGAUACACGUUACUAUUGAUGGAUUGCGGUUGAGAGAUGAAAAAACAGGGGAUUCUCUCUACCAUCAUCCAGUGCAUAAGAUAUCGUUUAUCGCGCAAGACAUGACGGAUUCGCGUGCAUUUGGCUAUAUUUUUGGAUCGCCCGAUAGUGGACAUCGAUUUUUCGGAAUUAAAACGGAUAAAGCUGCCAGUCAGGUGGUUUUGGCUAUGCGCGAUUUAUUUCAGGUCGUGUUUGAGCUGAAGAAAAAAGAAAUUGAACUAGCUCGACAGCAUAUUCAGAGCAAAAUCACGGCUCACGAACACCAAGCCGUUGCCAUGUCUGUUAAGAGUUCUAAUGCCGAUGGUUACAGCAAAAAUAUGUCAAGUGACGGCGCAACUGGCUCACAAACUAGUUCAGGACUGGGUAGCAGCAAUCUAGCAAAAACGAACGUAAAAAGUGAGAAAUCUCCAGAAUCCGUUGCCGAUCUUGUAGAUCUAGAACAAGAACUAAGUUCUAUCCAGCGAGGAAUCACGCAGAUGGAAAGGAUAACACCCAGUGAAAUCCCUACAAAAAGCGUUAUUGAUGAUGAUCCCUUCGGAGAUUCUUUUACUAACAUUCCGCCGGCGUAUAACCUUUUACCACCUCCGGAGUCAAGUAAACGUCAUCAAAAACUAUCACAUAGAUCGACAGAAAACCUACCUGUCACGGAAUCUGUCCCAGCAGCUUCAUCUUCAUCUCCACCGAUUCCUCCCGCACCGUCAACGCCAGCUGGACAAACAACUAUGAUUUUGCCGCCUCCGACCAGUUCAACGCCGGGUCCUACGUUAUCCACGAGUAACUCAAUUCAGAACGACGAUUGGCUAAAUUCACCACCUAAUACAUCUCGUUUUGACCCCGAUCCUGUCAAAUACUCGGAUGAACUAAACCUUAAAGAUCUGGAUGAAGGCUUCAAGUCAGCAUCGAGUGCUCCCCAGCCAUCUUCUUAUACCGAUGUUUUCACCGACCUGGACCCCCUUGGGACGGGUAAAAUCAAACCGUAUAUUGACAAGAAAUAUUUUUUCCAAGAGUUGAAAAAUCCCCCGAAAAAAGUGCUUAAGGAUUUGUCUGGUGUGGAUAGCACAUUCAACGCAAACUUUUCCUCUCAAGACCAACAACGGCAUUCGCCCCAAACACUCCCAUCUCGCACAAAUUUGCCACCCUCAGGCAGUGGAGAGAUUUACAGAUCUUCGCUUGAAAGCAAGGUAAAAGAACCGUUGGAAACGGAGUUUCUCGAUCCAUUUGCCAAUAGAACCGUGGACCCAUUCUUGGAGGACGACGAUUUCUCCAAACUUCAUAUAGAUCCAUUUGAUAUGCACUUUUCUCGUACAUCUUCUCCCAGACAAGCGGAGAUUAAAGGUGCAGAGGAAGGUUCUACCAAGCCAACCAUCAAAUCUGAUGAAAGCAGAUUGGAUGAUAGUCCGGUAGCUUACAAUGGGCCUCUUCAAGUUACACUUCCGCCGGAAAGUUGGGCAAGCUAUAUCAGUCAAAAACGUCUGGAGCGACAGAAUUCCGAUUCUACGUCUCCUGGAAUCUCAAGUACAGCGCGAAAUCGUCCAAACGUGUUCAAGCAGAAUACGGUUGAUGUGAUAUCCAGUAUUAGUAAUAGCUCCAAAAAAAUGAAACCCAAUCUUUUUGGACAAAAGUUUUCGAAAAGAGAUUCGAACAGCAUAAAUAUGAGACGUUUACAAGAAAGUGAUUCUUUGAGUGAAAAUGAAGCUGCGCCAGAGCCUCCUCCACGCCCUGAUUCAGGAUCGCAUAUUGAACCACCUCCGCUUCCUCCUAAGAAGCAGUUCGCUGACAUUGUGAUACGGCCCACUCCUCGAAUAGGACCAUCAAUUACCGCCGGAUCUUCACUAGGUUCGGACAGUUCAAGCAAAGAACGCUACGAUUUUGUCGGAGCGAAGUUCGAACUACGAAACCAAUCUGCCAAUGACAACGCUCCCCCCUUGCCCUUGCCCUCAAGAAAAGUGAAUAGGAGUGACGGUUCUUCACCAGGCCGUCCAUUCAAGAAGUUGAACGAAGAAGAUGAUUAUCUACAACCGAUUUCAACGAAAUCGGAAAUUCCAACGUUGUUACCUCCACCGCAACGAAAAGAAACUUCAAAAACACGCGCAGCCCGCAAAUCUGAGACCGAUCCACGAAAUCUCGAUGAGCCAACUCCUCCAGCUCAGUCUAAGUCUCCUACCUAUAGAGAUAAGGACUCGCUAUUACCAGAUAUUACCCUCAGUCAAUUAUUAACACUAGGCAUCGAUGAACUGGCUAUAAAGCUAAACGUUCCCGUGACCAAGCUAAGCACUAUGACACUAGUGGAACUGACUUCGUAUCUUGCUGAAUUUAUAGAAAAUACUAAAAAUUCACCAUCAUCGGCCACAUCAUGGAAUCAAGAUGUUGAAACUAACGAUUCGCCCGUAUUUAAGGUCAACUUCGAUGAACGUAGUGAUGCUACGUUUGUGGCGAAGUUCGAUGAUGAUUUCGGGGAGGAAAAUUCAUUCGUAGCGAAUUUUGAUAAUAUGAACUUACAGCCAGUGCAUAUUAGUACACAACCAAUAUUCAGCGGUCCUGUUGUUGACAAAUAUGCGGUAUUCCGAGAAAUAAUUGAAAAGGAAAUUUGUCCAACUCAGGAGUCACCUACGAAUGAUCAAGAAAAAUCAGGACCUGAACUGACUUCAUUAGAUUUCGAAAAGGAAGUGGCUAAUGAAAUGACCCGUUUGUCACCUAACAUAACUGCAGAAAGGAUUGCUGGGUCCCCUUCACAAAUUUUUACGACAAGUAGCCCUUCGUCAAUGCCUAUGACCAAAAUCGACACCAAGAUAACUGAAGUGAUUGCACAUGCCAAAGAUCGAUAUGCCGCCUUGAGGGACAUUAUAUUGGUGGAAGACCUUUUCGAGAAGCCACUCCAGCCGCAUCAUCCUACAUCUGCCGCUCCGAUAGCUCGCAUGGAAUCUUCGUCGUUCGAAGAUCGAGAUACCGAAGACGAACACAAAUUUGAAGCGAAUUUCGAUGACAUGCCACAGCGCGAGAUCAAUUCUCCCGAAAUCAACAUUUCCGAUGCAGAUGUUAAUGACGAAUUUCACUUGCAACAUACUCAGCCAACACUGUCAGGUCUAGAACCGUCAGGAACGCAAAGCUUUCGAAACACACCGAAAGAGGACUUGGAAAUCGAUGUUUUUAUGCAAAAAGCAGUAUCGAAUUUAUCCCUUCAUAGCACCGGACAGUUAUCUCCGGUUCAGCAAACUAUUGGAGGCCUUACGGUAAUUUCACCGCAACUACAAAGCACAUCAACAUCUCCUAGUCGGCCAAUGAUGUCAAAAUCUCCAAUAGACGCUGCUGGCGUCGAAGCUAGUCGUCAACAGAAAAAUAUGUCGGUGGAAAAUUUGGCGAAGACGACUCUCAACGAUAUGAGCACUUCGCCAAUCCCAUUGUCGAAGUCCCCGUUAGCUAAAAGUCCUGCUAGGAGUUCUCCACAAAGAAAACCUUCAGUUGGGGGGACCAUUAUUGAUACGAAUGUCGAAAUGAAAAUGAAAACUGAUCCCCUACAGAAACGGUCAUCCGGAUCGCUUAGCGGUGACGGUGGGGAAUCUUCUCCAGAAGCAGAGAGAAAUCAAGAUUGUAGAGCGUCCAAACUUUCGCCUAUUAAUGCAGCCGAAUCAUGGGCAGUAUUUGAUCAACCAGAGCCACCUCCUUCGCAGAAGAAGCCCGACAUUGUUCGCCAAUCAAAAGAGAAAAACGGGCCGGAAUCGCCUUGUUCGUCAGAUCCUAAAGAGGAGUGGAAACCUGAGCGGGACUAUGGACGCCGUUGGCCGAACAAAGGGCACACUUCGUCAUCAUCCCGUGACGUUUCUCCAUGGGAUGAGGAUGGUCCUGAUUUCAGAAAGCGUCCGCCGUGCCACCAUCCACCAACCGCCGGUGAACGUUACCAUCAUCCCAGAAUUCCCUCGAAGCGUAUCAAUUCGAACGAUGAAGAUUACGAAGAUGAGAAAAAAGAACGCAGUGACCGACGACGUCGUAUGAAAGGGCAGAUGAACUCAAGAAGUCGUGAGAAUUUUGAAGACGAGCACUGGUCUUACGAACAUCCCAAUUGGUCUCCCCCGGAAGAUGAGGAAAGACCUGAUCGAGCUAGGUCCUUCGAUAGAAAUGCUUAUGAGCGAAGCACCUACGGACCACCAUAUGAAAAGCGGGAACCGAAGGCUAUGCCACAAUACGAUAGAAGAGAUUACAAGAACUAUGACAAAAGAAAGUAUUACAGAGAGAGAGGUAGACCAAAUUAUGAUUAUGAUCCUUACGACGAAGGAUACGACCAACGAAUUAUGAAAGGUAGGGUUGAUUACGAAGAUAUUUACGAGCGAGGACCUCGAGAUUCUAGGGUAGCUAGGGAUUACUUCUAUGAAAGAGACAGAAAAAGUUUCGAUCGCGAUAGUAACGAUUCUUACGAAAGGAGAAGUUUCGGAAGCGGUGACAUUUACGGCAGUUUAGAUAGUCGAGGAGAUUAUCGCGAGCGGGAACGUUACUUGUCAUUAGAUAAACCACGGCCAUUGCGGCGGGGAAUGAGAAACGCCGGUAGCGCAAGGUUGGAUGAACCAGAUUUGGAUUCAGAGGGUGACCUUAUUGGCAGUAGACGUGGUGAAUCAGGCAAUAUACACCGCUCUAGUCAAAACAUUCGCGGUAAGCAACAGCCAGAUGAUGAUAUUUGGGGAGCAGCAAUGAGCAGUAAACCGGGGUGGAAGCGACCAUCUAGUGCGACUGAACAGGAAAGACGGUAUAAUGAAAGCAGAAGAAUGAUGCUUAAUACAUCGCUUGCCGGGUCUGAUGGCGAACGGGAUCGUCGAUUCCGGAAGAAAGGAAGAACUCGAUCUAAAGAACCGGACAUACGACCGGGCUAUGCUACGAUGCGCUAUCCACCAAGAACCAAGGAAGAUUAUUUCGAAUUUGAAGCGGAUAGAGUAGCUACCGGUGGAGCUGGAGUUUAUGAUAAUGACGAUGAAGAAGAUAUGAGCAACAGUAAAACAAUGAGUGGAAAUAUAGAUGACAGUCCUUCGUAUUAUGGAAGACGGCAACCCCCAGGCCAUUACAAACAAACAACUCCGCGGUCAGAGGCAAGAACGCUUAAUGACACACUGAUUGCACAAGAGGCUAAAAAAAUGGCACGCUACGAAUACGAAGAAGAAGCUAUACGUCGUAUGAAAAAGAGCAACAGUCGUGAUUUAUAUUUUGAGGGGGAAGAAAAAGAACGUUUUACUGGCAAGUUUGGUUCGGGAAACUUCGAAUCGGCAACACCACCGAAAAGUGCAAAGCAUGUACGAAUGGAGUUCGAGUUUGAUGAGCUAAGUGAUACACAUCAGUCGAAUUUUGAAGGAGGUGAUGGUUUCGAGAGCGAUUUUAACUCUCCGCCUGCACCGCCCAUUGCAACGAUACAAGCGCCCCAUCAUAGUAGCAAAGCAUUCCGUUUUUCCAACGAUUUUUCGGAGAAAGACCCUGGUCGUCACUAUCAAAGACAUCCGCCUCAAGGAUAUACAGGCUUCGAAGCAGAUUUUGCAGCAUCCGCAAGAGGGCCUGCUAGUUCUCAAGCUGCUUCGAAGCUGCGAUUUAAUGAGAACGUUACUGUAUCUAAGUUUAGUUCGGAAACAAGUACAGCCGCUUCGCAUAUGUUUGAAGAUGAUUUUGCUGGCCGUUCCGAUAAUGAACUAGAAGAUCAGUGGACACCGGAUAUGCACGCUCCGGUAACAGGCACAAACGGCAACAAGAAAAUUUUGAAAACAUCGAGCCAACAGCAAACACAUACACAACACGAUAAUAUUCGGAAAUCAGACAGUGUUAACAUUUUUGCGAAAAAGGUUGACGAUCCUUUUGAAGAUGAUGAUUUCUUUGCAUCUGGUACGACUAGUAGUAAGGAUCCAUUCGAGGGCUCAGUAGGAGCGGGUCCAGUUGACGAAUCUACAGACGGGCAUUCCGGGUGGGAUAAGAAUUUCGCCAACUUUGACGAUAAUAUCUGAUUACUCGGCAGCCUGAUGAUGAACAGUAAUAUACUCAGUCGUCAGUUCAAUCGUAGUCUCAGCCAACGCCAGCAAUAUCAGUACUGUUGCCAAAGCGAAAGUCAGCGGUACUCGCUGGUGAAGGAUCUUAGAAAGCUUUACAUGCGCAUCAAGCAUUUAAAUAGGUAUGAGGUAUUUGUUUAGGCAUAUAAGUUGUUAUUUUUCGCAAUGAUAGUCGACUGAUCACUAGAUUUUUACUGUAUUCAAUUUAUUUUGCAUAGAGCGGUUCUGACAACUGUUUAAUUUAUUAUAUACCGGUUAGAAAUGGAAGAGCCCAGCUUUAGUGGCUUUAAAGUGAAUAGCAAAAUCGGUUAUUCGAGUAGGAGGUCCUAGCCAAAUGAAGAAUGUAGAAUGUGAAUAAAUUCCCCAGAGUAUUAGCUUCCCAGUUAGAUAUGAAGGUUUUAGAAUUUUUGUAUUUCAUGCUUCAUUUUUCUGUCUUCAAUCGUAUGCAUCAUGUGUGUUGGUGUAGAAAAUCACUUGCAGAGAGGAUCGACCAUAGAUCUCAAUUGAAUUCGGAUAUACGUCGAAUAAAGGUCAAUAAGCCAUGAAAAAUGACUUUAAUGUGAUUUGCACUGAUUUGUUUGAUCGAGUGUAUACACCGCUGUGUUAAGUCUUAAGUACCUAUGUAGCUGAAAAAAUGUGAAAAGAUACACGAGGGCUGCCAUUAAGAAUAUGGAAACCCUUAUACUAGUGUCCUAUAUGAUAAAUGUAUGACACUGUAAAGUUAGGAGAAAAGCCGCUAGUCAUUUCAUUCGAUUUUAUAAUCAUAAACUAAGCAUUGUUUGGUUGUUUUAUGGUUGUUUAGGUGAACGAUAAUUAUUCAGCAAUACGAUGAGUUGUACGAUAAACCUAGGUUUGAUAUUUAUUCAGUUGCAAGAUAUUAAUGUUGGAUAUCAGCCAAUACUGCAUCAAGGAUUUAGAGUCCUUAUAAUCACAUUUACCUUAAACCUUACGACCGAAUACUUAGAAGUAGGUGUUGUACUGAGAGGGAAAAAUUGUUAAGAUGUAAGAAAACGGAGAGUUAUUUCUGUGUAAACUUCAAGUAAAGUGACUUUUUAGCGUUACUCAACGAGCUCAUAAUCAUAUAACAUCCAAUCGUCAUCUCAGAGACUUCGAUGAAGUAGGUACCGAAAUAACUUUCUUGAUUUCACAGUAGCUAUAUGGGUGGGGAAAAUAGUACGAAAAGUAACGAAAUCCAUCAAUGUACUGACAUGAAUUUUCUAUACCAGACAAUGUAAAAGAAUAAAAGAAUGAAUAUCCACUACAUCUGUUGUAACCAGCUUCUUUACAAAAUUGUGUGAAUAUUUCCAUAGAUCGUGCAUAUUUUUUUCAGAACCCGCAUUAUCUUAACAUUAGAUAACCAUUGUAAAUUUUUGAUGUUUUCAGUUACACAAGAUGGACUGUAUAAUACAGGAGUAAUGUCAACAGAAGUCAGUUGUAUCUAGGUAUGUUAGCUUACGAAGCAUUCGCAAGAAUUUAAAUACUCUAAUGAAGACAAAACUUCCCUUCCAUCAGUUUUCUUCUCGGUAGGCUAGAAGUAGAUUACUUAAACAAGCAGAUAUUAUAGUUCCUACCAAGUCGGCACUCACAGCACGUAGAAACAGCGAAAUUGAGAUACGAGAAUGCUCUACUCGAAAGUGCGGAAACUGAAAGCAAAUUCUUAUGUAUCCGAAGAAUAUCAUUUUAGCAUAUGUUGAAGGUAUUUAGGUAUUUAAUUCAGAAAUCACACUCAUUUGCAAUUCUGCUGAAUGCAACUUGUUAGGUCGUUCUGUUAAAAUUUUUGCUAUUGCAUAAAAUUAAACAGAAAACAUAACA